UCGAGUCGUUUCUUAAUAUCGAGAGAAGAUUUUUAUUAAUUGAAACACAAAAUGGAGUCAUUUCUCGAGGAUCUAAAGCUUCAAGUCCAGUGUUCUCUGUGUAAUGAGACAAUGGUUGAACCCAAGUUAUUACAAUGUUUUCAUACAUUCUGUAAGACUUGUAUCAAGACCAAUGCACAACUUGAUGGUCAAGUCAGCAUCUUCAAGUGUCCUCAGUGUGACUCAUCAACCGAGCUCAAAGAACUCAAUGACGUGGAAGACUUAGAGAUCAGUCCCAUACACUCAAGAAUCGUUCAAGUCUUGUCAUUUGUUGAGAACCAGAAGGUUUGCUCGGUUUCUGCCAGCCAWAGCGAUGCAUUGUGGCAAUGUCUCGACUGUGAUCGCUCGUUGUGUGACGAAUGUCUGCGAUAUCAUACUCAAUUCACUAAAGAUCACAAAGUUGUUGCAUUGUCUGAGAUGACAAAGGAAGACAUUAAGCUUAUGCUGAAAAAGGAAARUCCUUGCAAAACACACGCCAACCAAGAUGUUGAAUGGCACUGUCGAGACUGCGACGAGCUGAUCUGUGUGGUUUGCUUGAGAGAUCACCAUCACAAUGACCACAAGAUAACAUCACUACAGGAGUUCAUCACUGCCAAGAAAGAUGUUCUGUCUAAGAAUCUCAAAGAAAUUGAGAAAAUGAAUACUGACGAGAAAGAAAAAAGACAACAAGAACAAAUUGCACUCGACAUAAAACGCAACGGAGAAAAAGCUCAAGAACAAGUUAACAUAUUAGCAAAUCAACUGAUGAAAACAUUAAUUGAUCACAAGCAAAAACUUUUGAUUGAAAUACAGAAGAGCAAAACAAAGGCAGACAGGAAUUUACGCAUAAUACGUCACACUCCAGCAGCACAAGAGUACAUCAAAAACUUCUUACAAAAUGGAACAGCAAGUGAAAUCAUAGACCUCCAACCAGACUCUGAACUCUCAAAGACAUUCCCCUACAACACAUUUGAAAAACCCUUUUGUGGGGUAAAGUUUCAACCUAAUGAAGAACUCUGUGAACAAGUGAGUACUGGUUUGGGAGUCUUACGGCCAUUCAAGGAAGCGGACACAAACAAGAGCUCAUUAAAUAUAAUUCAUUCAAAAGAGCGCUGUAGAGCCAUGAAGACGUCAACUUUGAUAGUGACUCUUAGAGCUUUGGGUGGGGAACGUUGUGACACGUCACUCGAUGACGUAGCAGUGCUCAUCACCCCUGAAGAUGACGUCAAAAUAGGGAAGAAACAAGAGAAUGUCUACGGCCAGAUGGAAGUAACCUUUACUCCACGUGUUCCUGGUCAGUUAACAGCAGAGGUUCAAGUACAUGGAAAUCCUGUAUCCAACAGUCCAUUAGUGAUGGAUGUCAAACCACAACACAUCGAGGAAAUGUCCACAAAGUCAAAGCUGAAAAAUGCCUUGAAUACUGGAUCAAAGGAAUUUUCAGGUAUUGCAGUGAAUAAACCCAACACUAAGAUUGCUGUAGCAGACUGGGAUGAACACUGUGUCAGAGUGUUCAAAAUGGAUGGGGAUUUGUUACUGUCAUAUGGUAGUAAAGGCAGUGGAGAAGGACAGUUAAAGAAUCCAUGUGGUUUAGCAUUUGUCGAUGAAACAGAUUUAGUCAUAGCUGAUUCUGGAAAUGAUAGAAUAUGCAUAUUGAACACAGCCUCCGGUAGUCUUGUAAAAACCUUUGGUUGUCAAGGCAACAUGGAUGGACAGUUCAACGGCCCACGUGGAGUACAUGUUGCUGAUGGUAAUUAUAACAUCAUUGUAUGUGAUUGUGGCAAUAGUCGUGUCCAAGUAUUUACAAAGAACGGUGACCAUCAAUAUCAGUUUGCAUUACCAAGACAAGUACGGCCAUAUGAUGUAGUUACACACAAUGGACUGUUCUACGCCAGUGCUGAUUUUUCAGUGGUACACGUGAUUGAGAUGAAAGACAACCAGCCACCAACUACAGUAAACAAUAUUGGUGGGGAGGACUACACAUAUGGUCGGUUAAGGAACACUGCUGGUCUAGCUUUUGACAAUGACUGCAAUGUUAUGGUUUGUGAUUAUAAAUUGAAAAAAGUUUACAAGUUUACAUUGGAUGGUCGUUAUGUAGGAAAAACAAAAGAACUAGACUACCAUCCUCGCUUCAUAACAGUGCUGAAUGAUGGACAGAUUAUUUGCAGUGCAUUCAAUGAAAGGGGAUUAAAUUUUUUUAAAUAGCUUUUAAGAUGAUAUAUUUUGGAUCUUUUCUUUUUAACCAUACUAAUUAAAUCUUGGUGACUGUUGGGGACUGUAAAUUUGUGCUGUAUCUCUGUAUAAAUGCCAUUAUAACUGUUAUCAUUAGUUUGAAUGGCACUGUAAUAACAGCAAUUAUCACUGUAAUUAUAAUCAUAAGAAUAUGAUAAGUAUCAAUAUCGGUAUUACUGGUGUAUUAUUAUUGAUGUUCACACAGUAAGUUUAUUAUAGCAUUAAACUAAUCAAUUUAUUUUUGA